AUGAUUUGGCUCUAAAGCUAUAUAAAUCCACACAGAUGCCCAUCAGAAACCUCAAUCAGAACAAUGGCUUCUUCCUGUAAUGUUGUUGCAAUUCUUGUUAUGGGUCUUGUCAGCCAAGGGUUUUGUUGCUCCUUGGAAGACAUCGUGAUCGGCACCGUGAGAACGGGAGUGGAGAUACAAGGGAAGCCUGAAUGGAAAGUGACGGUCACCAACAACAGCAAAUGCGCUCAACAUGAACUCAGGGUUACUUGCCAGGGAUUCCAGACUGUUGAAGCCGUGGAUCCGAGCAUUUUUAAGCAGGAAGGUGACAAAUGCCUCGUCAACCAUGGCAAUGCUUUGAAUGGUUUCGGUUCAGUCAGCUUUUCGUAUCCUUUUAUCAUGUUCCCUUCUAGUUCCGUUGUCGAGGACUGUUAG